GAACGGGUUCACGUCUCCUUGACUGUAACAUCCACGACGUCCACGACGUCCACCUCCCCGUUGUAUUCAUUCUACGAUGAUGGACUCGGACCUGCCUUUGGACACCUCGCAUCCUGCGGUGCGGGACUACCUGGCCCUCGUUCGGUUGCAAAUCCUUACACCGCUGUCCUUGCUCAUAAACAUGGCGACCGUCAUGGUCUGUACGCUAACGAUCUACCCGAACCUUGGCGACAUUGCCAAACUAUACCCUGCUGUGAUAGUCCCAGAUCCCCGAAUGAUAGCCAUAUAUCUUGGCGCAAUAUAUCUCGGACAGGUCGGGUACUGUGUGCUGCUGGUAUUAGCGCGCAAACGAGAGACAAAGGAUACCCUUGUGAAAGGCGUCGGACUGCCCCUCGUGUUUGCUAAUUGGGUUAUGGCCGGUUGGGCCGUAGCUUGGCUCUUUCAAGCUUUCCUUAUAUCGGCCAUUCUGCAAGGCAUUUUGCUGGUUCUGCUUGUAUAUGCAAACGUCGUUCUCCUCAUUUACCAUGCUCCCACCCAUGAAAGACUCUUGGAUAUUGCUCUCAUCCAUGCCCCUGUUCGCGCGUUUAUGAUCCUACCUCUCGGAGUUUUAUUCGCGUAUAACCUCUUUGUCACCCUCGGCAUGACAUGGUCUCCUGGUGAGCCGCAGCACUACGGCAGGCAUCAGUGGGCAGGCCUUGGCGUCAUGCUGGGCGUCAAUCUACUCAGCUUGAUAAUAAUCGUGCUUAGACGAGACAUCGUCUGGUGUGUAGCGGCAAGCUGGAUUGACGCUAGCAUAUGGGUCCUCAAGCCUAAGCCGUUCCCUGUAUUUAUUACUGUGGUCAUCUUCACUAUUGUACACCCUCUCGCGCUCGUUGCAUCUGCUCUGUGGAUGAAGCUUCGUAGCAGACACAAGGAAGGUGCUAUUCGGUUACCAGAAGACGAGGCGGAAGAGCGUGGCGGGCAGCGAGGUCCGAGAGAGGUUGACGCGGAGGCGUUAUGGGGCUAGUCGUAGGGGCUUCCUUCACAGUGUUACUGUUCUUGGCAAUAAAUUAAGCUGUAUUCUC